UAUUAAAGUGUUAGGUAUACUCCCAACUGUGUAUAAUUUUGUUUCCCGCACGAAUUACAUUAUUCAAGUUUUUCGUUGAAAUUGUAUUAAGUGUCAAAACUAAUAAUUAUGUCACGAUAAUUUUACUGCUUAUAUUUAACAUAUAAAUAUUAGUUGUAAAAUGAUAGAGAUUCAAACUCCAAAUUUUCACAUCUUACGUCUUCCAAAAACCAAAACUUUCAUAUUUAUAUUAGUGACAAUAAGCAUAUUGACCAUAAUCGUGGGGUUUUUCAGAAAACUGGAACCUGUUCCAACCGUCAGUAAUACAUAUUGUUUUGAGAACAAUUUCACCAGUUCGAGAUUGGUGUGGCCGGAACAACUGCCCUAUGGUGACAGAAUCAUAGAGCAAAUGUAUUACGUGCCGAAAGACUACAGAUACGAGAUGACACCUUACAAACGGAUUUUAAUCCAAAAUGGCAUCGGCGAAGAUUGGGAAGUUCUCAAAUCCGACCAGGGCGAGUUCAUUGGAUGUCCCGUGAGUCAAUGUUGGUUGACGCACAACAAGUCACUGGGUCCGGAUGUUGACGCGGUCCUUUUUAGGCAUUAUUACAAACGCCCUGAGUAUCAUAGGCCGCCCAAUCAGAUUUGGAUUUUAUUUAACACCGAAUCUCCGUAUUCCACGUCAUUAAUAAGCGACGCCAACGUAUUCAACUGGACGGCUAACUACCGUUGGGACAGUGAUGUACCGCGUACUUAUGGUUACUUCAUUAAAAAUAACUCGCCUCUGCCUCCGGACGGGGGAAAAAAUUACGCUCUAAACAAGACUAAGAAAGUGGCGUGGUUCGUCUCGAACUGCAAUCCGAACAGCAAUCGUACGAUUUAUGCAAACGAACUCGCCAAACAUAUUACGGUAGACGUGUAUGGCGGCUGCGGGACGAAUAAAUGUCCCCGAACAAAAAAUGCAGAAUGCUUUCAGAUGCUCAAAAAUGAUUAUAAAUUCUAUUUGUGUUUUGAAAACUCACAUUGCGUUUACUAUGUAACUGAAAAAUUUUUCGCCAAUGCACUGAGUAACGACGUGUUGCCGAUCGUCAUGGGGCCGAAACGGAGAGAUUACGAAUUGAUGGCGCCGAACUAUUCAUUCAUACACGUAGAUGACUUCGGGUCACCAAAAGAGCUAGCCGAAUAUUUGCAUUUGUUAGACAAAGACCAUCAGCUGUACAACGAAUACUUCCGAUGGAAAGGCUCGGGUACGGUAACCCGGGACACCCGGUUUUACUGCCGAUUGUGCGCAAUGCUCCACGACACGAAACGCGCGCCAAGACACUACGAAGACAUCAACGAGUGGUGGAGAGGCCCUGGCACAUGUCAAACUUAAUGAUACUAUAUUAUUAUUCAAGUAUAAACUGUUAUGUAUAUACGAUUUUUAUAAAAAUCUAUCGUUGCAAUAACUGUUCAAUAUUGUAGUCGUUAUACUGCCAACGAUGUUAUUGUUCGUAAUCAUAAUUUUUAUAGUAGGUAAUAAUAAAAAUUUUUAUAAUUAU